AUGAACCAGCGUCGCCCCAUGGACGCGCCACUCGAUGGCCCUGUCCACCGCGAGAAGCCCACGGGUCUCCUCACCCGCUUCGUCCCGGACCGUCUGCGGCACUCCAAGUUGUACAAGCUAUUCCUGCGCCUGACGCGCGUGCUCCAGUUCCUCUCCUCCGUCAUCUCCCUCGGCAUCUUCUCUCAGCGCCUCUUCAAGGUCUACCGCCUCGUCAACUCCAUCAAGACGCGCCGCGGCGUCAACGGCUCUUACGGUGCCGUCGAGGGCAUCCUCGCCGCCGCUGUGCUGUACACCCUCAUCACGACCAUCUUCGGAUGUAUCAAGAAGAACUCUAGCCCGGGCAGCAAGAGCUGGCUCCGCUGGCUGUGGGUCGUGCUCGACCUCCUCUUUGUGGGCGCCUUCAUCGCCGUCGCCGUGCUCACCUCUCCCAACGGUGGCAUGGCUGGCCCGAGACACUGCUACAACGGCACUCGUCUCCGCGACGGCUCCAACAAUGCUUCAGGCCAGACUGCGAGCAACGACGAUACUUGCAACUUGCCUUGGGGCACCUUUAUUCUGGGUAUCAUCAGCACUCUCCUCCACGCAAUCACUGCUUCUUUCCACGAGGUCAGAGAUCAUCGCCGCAGAAACAAGCUCGCCAUCGCCGAGGAGGAGAAGGCCAUGCACCACGCACACGGGGAGCCCGGAUACAAUGCGCCGGUCCACAACGCACCCGGCCACGCUGGUGGUGCACACGCCGGACCUGGUCAUGUCGGACAUGGACAGGCCGGACAUGCUGGAAACGCGGGAGGGUAUACCAACGGCUCCGUACCCGCGUCAGGCAACACUACGUACUAG